ACUCGGGCUCAGGCUGUGGGGCUGUUUAAUUGCAGUGUAGAUUUCUGGGCUUGUGCUGCAGUCCAGGCUCUGGGACCCUCUCACCUCACAGGGUCCUAGAGUCCAUGCUCUACCCCAAGCCUGGAAGUCUGCACUGCAGUUAAACAGACCCGCAGUCCGAGUCCCAUGAGCCCGAGUCAGCUGGCAGAGGCUAAAUGCAGGUGUCUAGUUGCAGGGUAGACAGACCCUUUGAGAAUACAAGUGCUCCCACCUCUGUGUAUGAAGCAAGGUAAUUUAGAAGGUGCGUGUCUGUCCAUCAUCAUUUGCAAACAGCUAGAAGAUAAUAAGGUGAUAAAUAACAGCAUGGAUUUAUCAAGAACAAAUUGUGUCAAACCAACCUAGUAGCUUUCCUUGAUAUGGUAACAAGCCUUGUGGAUGGGGUGAAGCAGUGGAUGUGGUAUAUCUUGACUUUAGUAAGGCUUUCAAACUGUCUUGCAUGAUCUUUUCUUAAACAAACUAGGGAAAUACAACCUAGAUGGCGCUACUAUAAGUUCUGGUUGAAGAAAUAAUUUAGUCUACAUGUGCUUCAGUACCCAUUGGAAGAAUGACAGAUGACAAAGAUGUGCUUCGAGAUGUGUGGUUUGGACGAAUACCAACCUGCUUCACGCUGUAUCAAGAUGAGAUAACUGAAAGGGAAGCUGAACCUUAUUAUUUGCUUUUACCUAGAAUAAGCUACUUGACGCUAGUAACGGACAAAGUGAAAAAACACUUUCAGAAGGUUAUGAGACAAGAGGAUGUUACUGAGAUAUGGUUUGAAUAUGAAGGCACACCCCUGAAAUGGUGAUGGCCACAGGGAUGUGUUUUUCAUGUCCAUUCCAAUACCUACCCUCCUACCUCUCUCAUUGCACACUAUAGGAAUUUCCCAGAAAAGGAUCUACUGCACUGUCCUUCUAAAGAUGUGAUUGAAGCUCAUUUCAUGGCUUGUGUAAAAGAAGCAGAUGCCUUAAAGCACAAAAGUCAAGUCAUCAAUGAGAUGCAGAAAAAGGAUCAUAAACAGCUCUGGAUGGGGUUACAGAAUGACAAAUUUGACCAAUUUUGGGCCAUAAAUCGGAAACUCAUGGAGUAUCCUCCAGAAGAUAGUGGAUUUCGUUACAUCCCAUUUAGAAUAUAUCAGGUAACAACGGAACGACCUUUUAUACAGAAGUUAUUUCGUCCGGUUGCUACAAAUGGGCAGCUAAAUACGCUCGGAGAUCUCCUAAAAGAAGUUUAUCCUGCUGCAAUUACUCCUGAAGAUGGAGAAAAGAAGACUCAAGUGAUGGUUCAUGGAAUUGAGCCGAUGCUUGAGACACCAGUACAGUGGCUAAGUGAACAUAUGAGCUAUCCUGAUAAUUUUCUUCACAUUAGUAUUAUUCCCCAACCUACAGAUUGAAGAAUCAGAUGUAUCAGAUAUAAGGAUUAUCCUCAGGCUGGAUUUACCAGGGCAUGUUAACCUUAUAUUUAUGUCAGGCUUGGUGGAGGCAACCUGACCAGAAAAACCUCACUGCUGCAAGCCAAACAGGAAAAAAGAUCCCCUCACUAGAUAAGGACAAUUGGGCUGGUCUUAGUUUGCAUCACCACUGCUUUUCUCCUCAGUUGUGACAUGAAAGACUUUACAGGACCAUUGAAAGUCUGCUGUUUUCUUGUAAAAUAUAAUGAAGCUGAAACUAUUAGCCUGAAGAGCAAAUGGAAAUAUGUGCCACCUGAUUUGUAUUUCUGAUUAACAAAUAAACAAGGGUUUUUCCGAAUGUGACAAUAUUUCAGCUUUGGUUAGAGUGGAAACAUUGGUUUAAUUUUCUAGAAAAUUAGACACCAAGAGAAAUUGUUAUCAAUAACUUCUAGUAACUUUUUGUAAAAGAUCAAGUUACAGUAAACCCAGAUUUCCUUAAUAGGAAUUUCAUAUGUUUACAGUAUGUCUAUUGGUAUGAAAACUGUCUUUAACUUUGAUAACAAACAGUGAGAAAUUUUUAAAUAAAACCUCUGAACAUAUAUUUUGUCAUGUAAGAACAUGCACAACUUAGUCACAAGUGUUUUUGAUUUAUAUGCAGUUUGUCACUGAAUAUACUUUGGUGUAAGUUUAUCAUUCAAACUAGUUUUCAGUGGAAUAGUAAUGGUGUAGGAUAAUUUGCUCAGGAGCUGUUGUGGCAUUCUUCUGAUAAUUUAAAAUGUCUUCUGAGAUAAUUUUUUCUUAACUCAAUAAAAAUGUAAAAUAAUGUUGCA